AUGUCCAGCAACCCAUUCCGCCGUUCCGUAGCAUCCAAGCUGCCACACGUUGAACUCGCCUCCUCACCAUCCAGCGCUGCUACCCAUGUGCCCGGCGAUGCUCCAAGUAAGCCAUCAAGUGUGCUUGACAAGCCCGUGAGGACGUAGGUGGCACUGACAAUCCCCUCCAGCAACGCCCGCGCAACCGCCAACAAAGAAGAAGCGAGUCAAGAUCCAGACCCCUCCGCAUUCGCCAGACGACGCAUUUACCCUCGACAACCACGCUGGACCAAGACUGUCCCCAUCGCAUUACGCCGCACGCGUUGAACCUCCUCCGUCACCCCCUCCCGCCGUCCGACUGAAUGGAGAGGAAGAGUCGGAUUCCACGGCAACCGCCGACUCGGACCGGGAAGAGGCGCUGAAGAACAUGCGAACAACGUCUGCUUCGCUGCCGCCUGCACGAGGUGCCGCAUCUGCGAGCGCCGUCAGGGCACCAUACAACCCGUUUGCACCAACGUUGGCAUCCGAGCAGAAGAGGGCGCCGAAGCAAGAGAGUGGGGACGAGAUGGGAAGGGAGCAGAGGGCUGGUACUGGACGGCCGCCGAUGGAUGUCGACCAGUUCAAAAACAUCCUCCUGACCGGAAGUGCCCUCCCUUCACUACCCACAGCAGGCGCAACAACCACAGGAGCGACAACCGCAGGAGCAGCGAUCUCGCAGCCGCGACCUCCCGAUAGCAGUAGCACCAGCACCGAUACCUCGUCCAUCUUCGACCCAGCCUACGCCAUGCCCUCCGAGUCGCCGCGGACAUCAUUUGACGACUAUGAAGAUGCAUCGGAAAGCGAAGCGAACGACGAGAAUGAGCAUUCGAAUCUCAUGGGAGAGGGCCGACUGGACGACCUGGCUCCUCCAGCCCCUCCAAAACCACAGAAACCAGCCCGAGGACCACAGACCGUGUCCUUUGCCGACUUCGAUCAGACCAUCCCGCCCGACUUUCAGUCAACACAACGCGCGAGAUCUCCCGUGAAUCCUCAGCUUGCCGGAAUCUUGAGACCUCCUAUGCUAAGGUCCUCAAGCGAUCUGAACAAGCCACUGCCACCGCCUCCACCAAAGAGUCCCGCGGACCCCGCCCCCGAGGUACCGCACAAGGACAUCUCACCUCCUCAGCAAUCUUUGACAGUGCCGCAGCCGGCCACAGAAGACCCGGCGGGUUCGAAAAAGGCACCACCCCCUCCACCUGUGCGCCGAACGGCGGGUGAUACCGGUAGGCCUCGUAGCGCCUCCAAUCUUUCGAACGCCACUCUCGAUUCCGUCAACUCCGCAGGAAGGACUGGCUCUGGCGUCCAAGCGCAAAUGCCUCAAAAGACCGAAGACGGCAGCACCAAGCUUGCUCCCCCGCCGCCUCCUGCGCGGAAGACCAACUCCUCCGCCCAGUCAUCUACACCUGCGAUCGGAACACCUUCCAAGGAAUCCCCACCUAGCAAUUCCACCAACGAAGUGUCCAAGGCUGCACCAUUACCACCGCCUCGUCGACACCCUUCCAAGUCUGUAAGAGAAAUUCCAGGUCGCUCCUCUUCCGAUUUGGGACGACAGAAUUUGAAGCCUGGUGAUGCCUUCCUAUCGGCGUUAACAUCAGCCCACGCCAAUUCACCUCCCGCGCCUCCUCCGCGACGCGUCGGGGGUUCGAAACGAACCAGCAUGGAUGGACCUCCCGACACGUUGGCUCGUAGGCUGAGCACUGAGCACCACCGAAGGAGUAGCAACAACAGUUUGGAUAGCGAUAGGUCUGCUUCCACCUCGAGUUUGCAGCAGGUCGCGGAAACAGAGCUGAGCUCUGAGCAGGCAGUCGUCUCGUCGCCGCCUGUCGAGCCGCGGAGAGACAUUCUGGCCGACAUGACAGCCUUCCAAGCUGAGAUUGAUGCACUCAGAGCGAAAGAGUUCAAAGGGCGAUAG